CCGCUGUUGGGCGGGCGACACACAGGAGUUCGAACUGAUCCGGGAUUUUUCCCCAAAGCAAGGGGUCCAAGAUCGGGGCUGCUGGCUCCGGUUCACCAGAAUUCUGAGGCGGAGAGAGGUCUUACAAGUGAAUGUCAGAGCUCAGACUGGAACGCGUAGAUUCUGGUGACAUCAGCCCGGGAGACUCACACCGGGAGGCUGCAGAACUGCAGUGGUAGGACUGGAGUUAAUGCCCACUUACCACUCAACCCGUGCCUGCAGCCCUUUGUUGAUCAGGGACUUGGGGAUGUAGAUCAUUGAGCUUUUUUUCGCCCUGGGGAUGGAAGCCACUGAGAUUUUUCCCUUCUGCCUCUUUCCCUCGACUCCCUGCGUAGUCACUGAUUUUCCUUUAGGUGAAAAUAUUUUUUUCCUCCAUUAAAAAUAUUUAGUGAAGUGUGAAAUUCUGUCCUUGAGCUCAAGAAUCCGUUUCUCUCUUGCACGCCCGCGCGUGCGUGCGUGCGUGCGUGUGUGUAUGUGUGUGUGUGUGUUGUGCUCCAUUGUCCAUUGUGGCAACAACCUGCCAUAGAGAAAUCCUAUAUGAAAGAAUAAAGGUUCAAAAAUCUAAAUGCUUCCUCAACUGAAACAUCCAAAUUGUUUUGUGGUGGUGCUGGACAUCAAACCCAAGGUCUUGUGUUCGCCAGGCAGACUUCUACCGCUAUGCUAGCCCUUAGCAUCUAACAUGGUGUUAGAAGCAGAGAACAAAAUUGAGACUUCAAACUGGAAGCUUUCUGUUCUGUUUUCUGUGAGAAGCCUUGAAUACGUCUUCAUCAUGCAAUUCCAUUUGAUCUCUAAAGGAGGGAGCUAGAUUUUUGUAGCACUCCAGGGUACAUACUGGAUUGCUUUGGGUUGUUUCACGUUCUGACAAAGAAUCUCAAGGCAUCACCUUUACCCUGAUGCUGAACCUCUGCUGAUAUGCUUUCUUCUUGUCUUCCCGGGCCUGAGCCAUGGAAAAGAAUGAUGCGAUCAACUUCAAGGCUUUGGAGAGAGAGCUGCAGGCUGCACUUGCUGCCGACGAGAAGUACCAAAGGGAGAACGCUGCCAAGUUACGGGCGGUUGAACAAAGAGUGCCUUCUUACGAGGAGUUCAGGGGUAUUGUCCUUGCAUCACACCUGAAACCUCUGGACCAGAAGGACAAGAUAAGGGGAAAAGGACUUGUGCCCUGGAACUGUCACACUACUAGGGAAAGGACUUUUGAGGAUGUGGCCACUGAAAUACCCCGGGAGACAUCACCCUUCCAGCCUGCGACCUCUGCAGAGUUUUACCGUGAUUGGCGUCGGCACCUAAGAGGUGGAUCAGAGCGCUACCAAGCCCUGCUUCAGCUUGGGGGUCCCAAGCUGGGCCACCUCUUCCAGAUGGAUGUGGGCUUUGGACUUCUUGGGGAGCUGCUGGUGGCACUGGCUGAGCAUGUGAGGCUAAGCGACCGGGCGGCAGUGCUAAAGAUCCUGCACAGCUUGGCUAACACAGGGCGGUUCACCCUGAACCUGAGCCUGCUGAGCCAGGCAGAGCGCGAGAGCUGCCAGCACUUGUUUCAGAAGUUACAGGCCAUGGGCACCCCCAGACCCAUGCAGGAGGGGCUCAGCUUGGAGGAGCCAUCUGCUGGGCUGCAGGGAGAGGAGGGGCUCCUACAGGAGCUGCGAGGGCUGUAUGGGCUCCACUGAUGGAACUGGCUGCCCUCAGCAUUCCCCAGUGGUCUCAGAAAGCAUUUUUUUUUAUUUAAAAAAAGACUUGUUUUAUUUUAUGUGUGUGAGUGUCUUGCCUACAUGUAUGUAUGUAUGUCCACCAUGUGUGUACCCAGUGCCUGAGGAGGCCAGAGAGGGUAUUGGAGCCUCUAGAAGUGUAGUUACAGAUGGUUGGAAGUUACAGAUGGUUGGAAGCUCCCAUUUGAGUGCUGGAAUUGUACCAACCCCAGUCCUCUGGAAGAGCAACCGGUUCUCUUAACCACUGAGCCAUCCCGCCAGCCCCUUUGGAACGCAUUUUGUGGUGGUUAUCUUGGGUUUUCUGCAGAGGUAUUGAAAGAACUAUCGUGAGAAAGCCACACCCACUUCCGUUUUUGAAUAGUGGGCUUGCCCGCUUCUCCAGCCCGUAAUUUUAUCUAUGUGGCUCCCCGGGAUAGCCAGGGCCCUACUGGUUGAGAGUGUUUUGCUCCUUACCUUAUGAGGUGGCCACGUCCCUAGCCUUGAGAAGUGGAUGUGUUUGCAACUAAAUUCUGGCCACAUAACACUCCCUCCCAGAGGGGAAAAAAAGCAAACUCACUGACUUCUGAUAAAAGAUAAACACUGAUCAUAACUCUUAACCAGAAUAUUUAUAACCCAAAGCCAGUGAAUGAACAGCCAAUCAAUAAUAAGCAAAGGCUCCUUCGUUUGAGAAGCAGAAUUUUCCCCCAGAGGCCUAGUUCUUUCUCAGGUUGAGCCUGGGAAAUCCCCAGUCCAUUGGCUCAGGUCUGGCCAGCAUCCCAGAUGACCAGAGGUUUCUGUCCUAUCUCUCAGAUUGCUGAAGGGAUGUUCUCCGGGGCAGGCGGGGCCAAGAGUGCUUAGAGCUCAUUCUAGUUUCCCGUAGCCCAUUCUUAGGUGAGUGCCAGUGUUCUAGAAAGAUGAGAGAGUGUUGGUUCUAGAAUGACUCCCCCCCAUCAGUCCUGUGCAUUAGAACAGCACCUUGUACAUCAGCUGGGAAUAAAUUGUCUUGCAUUGGCUCUCUCCCCUGCACUUUCUGGCUUCUUGUACUGGUUGAUUGAACCU